UCUGCAAGUUUCCUUUACAAGAUGAAUCGUGUCUCAUAUUAUGGCAGCUGGUAAGCAUGUCUGGCAACAAGACGUCUUCAAGAUCAACUGCAGCAAACCCAAUGGCCUUCUGCGACCCUGUCUACAGCCCUCUGCUGACAAGAACAUGAAGCAGGUGAAUAAUAGACAUGAAGAAGAUUUAGAUAAGAACGGAUUUCAUGUGCACAGACUACCCUGUUCAGGCAAAGCAAAGAAGUUGCCUCCCAGCAAAAGGAAGGGCUGUCCAUUGGAGGUGGUGGGCGUCAAGCUGCACCGCAAAGCAUCCCAUGUAGGCUGUGCCUGCGACCACGGCAUGGCCAACAAAGAGAAUGAGCUGACCUUCUCCGACGACACACGGAGCAAUUACUACAAUGACAACCACGGGCCUCCUGUGAACGCAACAGACGGGUCCAAGAUGGCCGGUGCCAGCUCCAAGUACACAGACUUAAAUGAGCUGUCAAAGGACCAUGAAGCAAUGAGUCAAGUCUUAUUUGGAAGAAGUCUUCGGCUCAAAGUAGCUCUUAGCCUUUGGCGAAGAAACGCCACUGAACUGGUGGCCUACCUAAUCAGAAUACAGGACACAGGAGUGCUGCUUGACUGUUUACCUGUCUUAACAAAUAACCUUCAAACUGAAGCACCAUGUUUAUCACUCGGCUGCUGUGUUGACCUCAUGCCCCAAGUAAAAUUGAUUCUCACCAGUAAAUACGAAGAGCACAUAUCGGUGGGUUUGCUUUGGGUUCAAGCCAUUGUCAGGAAAUGGUGGCCUGAACUCUCCAAAAAGGACAAAAGACUGCAGGACAGUUGUACAGAAGACAGGAAUAUCGAAGUGAUGAAGCAGCGGCUAAAAGACUUGUGGAAGGAGGGGUCCAAAUUAUGUGCGGUCCCAGGGUCUACAGGAGAUCUGGCCAAGGCAAUCGGGGCUUAUCUCUCCCAGCUGCCUUGACAGCCUUGGUACAGUUCUGAGGAUGUGACCACUACGGCCAGAUCACGGCUGUGUUUGGGGCCGAUAACACCACCAGACAAGUAGACUGGAUCAUUUCGACUCUAAAGCUGACUAUUCUGACCUCUCCCUUCCUUCAGUGGGAGUCGGAGACACUUGACACAGGGCCUCGAGCGCCUGCCUGCUUUAAAACUAAGCAAAAAGUCAACCUGCUUCACAUUGAAGUGGACCGUCUUUGAAGGAGACCGGGUGUAUCGCUCUAUGAAGUGCCAUUAUCCAAUCGCACCACUUUUGCCAUGGAAAGACCAACGCACUUGUGGGUGGAACUAGUGCUCAAAUGUUUUGCAAUCAGGAACUUGAAACAGUCUUAAGUUAUUAGAGCUUUUCUUCCUUUAUUUUGCCUGUGCAUAUGACAAUUGACUGUAUGUAUGAGAUGUAAAAACAAGUGAUUCUUUUAAUCUUUUAAUAAAUUUAAAAUUCCAAAGCA